AACAGGCCACUCUCCCCUUCCCGGUUCACCUUGUUAACAGUCCAAGGAUUUGUCCCCACCAGCACCCUCACAAUUUCCAUAUGCCCUUCUCUACACGCCUCAUGCAAUGGCGUCUCCAUUUUCUCGUUCUCCGCCGCCACCAUUUCCGGCAGCAACUUCACAAUCUCCGCCGCCAAUUCCACACGCCCGAACCGAGCCGCUAAGUGCAGGACCGUGUUUUGGGAACCUGCGACUGUUUGCUUGAUGAUGCGUUCAUUUUCUUGAACGAGUCUGUGAAAACUCUGUGAAUCCCCUCGAAGGAUGGUUUCCUGGAGCCGUCGGUCCAUUUCCUG